AUGCCGGACAACGCUUCUCAAGCCGGAGGCUCAGCUGCCGCAUCUGACGCUGGGACCCCUACACCGGCUGCUGAGGUAUCAAACCCAGGAGCUCGUUCGUCUGAGCGACAGUUGGUUCAGUUUGGGGCUACCCAGUACUACAACAACUAUCCUGGGAAUGUUGCACAACAAAUGACAUGGACAAACAAUCCUCAACGUGGUCCGCCAUCAGCUACUCAGGUCACUGGCUCAGGCUUCCCUGGUCCUGUGAACUGGGGCCAGCAAGAGGAAGCCGUUACCUCAUUUGCCGUUGGCUCAUUUCAAGGCUAUCAUGGAUUUUCCGUAUCACUCAGACCAGAGACGUAUCUGAGCAUGGCCCCAGAGCAACAAGCUGCAUUCAUCAACCUCGGAAGGGGCAACAACUUCAAUACCCAUUCCCCCUCAGCUGCGCCUCCUCAAGUCUCAGCACCACCGAGAUCCGUCAUUGAGGAGGCUCCUCCAGAGCCAACAGUGCCAGCUAUUGAGGAGUCCAAGCCGAAGUGUAUGGAGUGCGACAAGCAACUAAUGAUCAACAUGCAGUCGUACCAAUGUAACAACGGUACAAUGUGUGACUUUUGCUACCACCUUGCUCUCAGGCGCUGCUCUGCAUUCAGAGGCAAUGGACACACCUGUUAG